CGAACUCACUCGAGUUAAAAAAAAAAAUCCUCCCAUCAAUACGCCUCCAUAAACCUCUCUCUAUCUGGUGGAGCGACACCAAAAACAACAAAGCCUUCUCAUUUUCACACUUUGGGUAAUCGGAGAAUCACAAAAAAAUGGGAACCCUAGGACGAGCAAUUUACACUGUGGGUAACUGGAUUCGUGGAACUGGUCAAGCUCUUGAUCGCGUUGGUUCUCUUCUUCAAGGAAGUCACCGUAUCGAGGAACAUCUGUCGAGGCAUCGGACGUUGAUGAAUGUGUUUGAUAAAUCACCAUUGGUGGAUAAAGAUGUGUUUGUGGCUCCGAGUGCUUCUGUUAUUGGUGAUGUUCAGAUCGGAAAAGGCUCGUCGAUUUGGUAUGGCUGUGUUCUUCGAGGUGAUGUGAAUAACAUCAGUGUUGGAUCUGGGACGAAUAUCCAAGAUAAUACGCUUGUACAUGUUGCAAAGACCAACAUAAGUGGCAAGGUUCUACCUACUCUGAUUGGGGACAAUGUAACAGUAGGUCACAGUGCUGUCAUUCAUGGGUGUACUGUUGAGGAUGAUGCUUUUGUUGGUAUGGGAGCAACACUACUUGAUGGUGUGGUGGUUGAGAAACAUGCCAUGGUUGCUGCUGGUUCUCUUGUGAAACAGAACACGCGAAUCCCUUCUGGAGAGGUGUGGGGAGGAAAUCCAGCAAAGUUCAUGAGAAAGUUAACAGAUGAAGAGAUAGUAUACAUCUCACAGUCAGCAAAGAAUUACAUCAAUCUCGCACAGAUUCACGCCUCAGAGAAUUCAAAGUCAUUUGAGCAGAUCGAGGUUGAGAGAGCGCUUAGGAAGAAGUAUGCACGCAAGGACGAGGAUUACGAUUCAAUGCUUGGGAUUACCCGUGAAACUCCACCGGAGUUGAUUCUUCCCGACAAUGUCUUACCAGGUGGUAAACCCGUCGCCAAGGUUCCGUCUACUCAGUACUUCUAAUUCCAAUCUCAGGUUGUUUUUGUGUGUUGAAAUCAUUUCAAGACAGGAUUGAUUCUCUGGAAGGUCAAGAGAGAUAUUAUUUUGGUUUUAACUUUUCUUCCGAGCAAGCAGGAGAUUUAUCAUCCUUGCUCAAUAAUGUAUGGUUGCAUUAUGAAGUCAUUUCUUCGAGGAACAAUUUGCAGAAAGAGAAACAAAGUUGGAUUAAUCUUUCAUUCUUUCUCUCGCUGUUUCUCUCAUUCAAAAUGGUGUCUGUUUGAUACACUCUCUAGGUUGGCGAUUCGCCGAUUAUUAUUAUCAUGUGACAGAUUUGACUUAAGUAGGACUAAACAUAAGCUAGUGGCACUCAAUAACUCCUUGUUCCAAGCUGUUAAAUAAACAAAGCCGAAUAAAAACCACAAUUGUACUUGGAAGUUGGAACAUAUCAAAGAGCUACACACAAGAAAAUUGGUUAGAAAAUCCAACUUUGAACUCAUUCCCUCUUGCUCAAAUUUCCAUUGGUGCAACAUCUUGAUCACCUGAACCACCUUGUUCACCAGUUCCAGCAGCACCAGGAGCAGCUUCGGGUUCGGCCUCACCCUCACCAGCAUCUUCCUCUUCCUCAGGAACCUUCUCAAACGUAUCAAUCACCUUUUGAAUGCUUUCCUGGUCCAAGAAAUGGAAUGGUUCAUCGACUCCUAGAACAGAAACAGUGCAGAGCGAGCUCUUCAGUGUUUCCCCUUGCAAAGUUUCCCUUAUGGCCAUAAUAGCAUCUUUUAUCAGAUCUUCUUUUGAUGAUUCUUGGAAGCUCUCGAAUUUGCGCUCCAGAUAGGUUUUCGCAGCUUGUGAACGAGACCCGAUAGCGAAUGCUUGAUAUUCAAAGUAGUUUCCGCUAGGGCAGUUGUAGUAGAGGUGAGCUCCUGACUCGUCCAAUCCACCUACCAGCAAACCCACACCAUAAGGCCGUUUCCAUGAUCGUUGGGUACAUACCUGCUCAAAGAUAAUUUAUGAAGAUGUUUAAUACAAGACAAACAAAUGACUUAACAUUUGAAUGAAAUCAGAGUGUUGUUCAAACUACAAGACUGAUAUCAAUACGUUCUCAGAAAUCAAUUGAAAAUGUAGAUACAGCAGCUAACUUAAUUUUUGACAGACAUGAAAGUAAGUGGGACGUAGCAAUCAAACCUUUUAAAAAUUGUGAACACAUCAUCUAACUUGAGAACACUACGUUUAACACCAAAAGUAGUGAACAUGUAGCACAAAUUUCUAUCACAACUGUAAACCAACAUCUUACUGAAAAUAUACUUCAUUAGGCAAGUAAAUAAAGUGGCCAGGACAUACUACAACUACAAGUAAGUAAACAAAUGCAAAGUAAUACAAGUCAAAACCACAAAACCAAAAAGAGAUCAACAAAGACGUAUAUUUAUUCUAGAAUUGCAAGCAAAAACAACUCUAUCAAGCAAAGAGAACAGACGAUGACAACACAGAAACAACCAAACGACCAAAAUCAUCACAUUCUUAUACACUUCUAUCGUCAAAGUGGGUAUACAGGUUAACUCUUUCUAAUCGGAUUAAGCAACUAGCAACAGAACUGGAUAUGAUUAACAACACAAGAAUCUCUAAUUCCCAAUCACUAAGACUUGAUCACAAACCAAUAUCACUACUUGCAUAACAACACACACAUUCUACAAAUAAAAUUGGCCACAUUGCUAAUAAAAACCUAAACUUUACUCCAAUUACAUAAAGCUUCAAACUUUCAGAUACUCACACAUCAUAAAACUAAACCCUUUAGCAAAUUCUAGGUCAAAAUUCAAAAGUUAACCCAAAAAUCUCAAUUUACCUGAGCUUUAUCAGCAAGAU